AUGGUAGUAGUUGUUUUAGAUUUGAUCCAUACUUUAUUCAAGCUGAAAAGCGGCGAAAGGUUAUGGCCGAUAGUUUUGGGCUUUCAAUUGGCAUAUCUGAUGUCUUCGUUGGUGGCACUCGUCGGAAUACUGUUUAACGCUAGACAUUUGAUGAAACCAUUUUUAAUUACCAUUGUAGAUUCUACAAUUUUCGAUUUUAUCAGAUUCGGAUUGGUACUUUUCAAAGUAGUUUCAGCGAAUUUAAUCUUUGAGUUGAGUUUGUUGAUCGGUAAAUUAAGUAUUUCGAUAACGUGUUUGGUUUUGACCGUUCUGUUAAUGAAAAUAUACGCCAAGAAAGAAAAGGAAUACAGAAAACGUAUACCAAAAAAGGUGCAUGAAUAUGCUGUUGAUAGAAUUGAAGUCACAGAGGAAGCAGUAGAAAGAUCCUUUGUAAAGACUUAGUUGUUUUUUUACACUUCUCAUAUCCGUAUCUUUUAUUUUAAUUUUUUCCAAUUCUAUAUAUUGCUUUUUCUUUUUUCUUGAAUAACAGAAGGGAACCGAAGAAUCGUUUAUUAUUUAAGAUCAUGUUACUUUUCACUAUGUGUCAUUUUUUAAGAUGGAAA